CCCCCCCCCCCCUGCCCCCAGCAUCGCAUGUGUUUCAAUUUCAGCCCUACCUUUCUGUUUUAGCGUAGGUAGCCUACCCUCAUUCCGAUAUCAAAAUGACUGGGCCCACAGGCGCCCCGCUAUUUGUCAAAAGUGAAAGUCUCACCCUCUACUCCCUUGGGGUGGUGAUUGCACGAGCUGAGGAGAAAGAGUAUUAUAAAGAGAUCCUUGACAGACUCAAGAAGGAUGACAAGAAUCGGCCAAAGCUUAUUGAGCUUUACAAAAUGUCACAUAACUUCGAUCCGAUUCGCAGGGCAAACGUCCUGGCCAUGGUCCACAUCUUCCUCAAAGACGACAAAGAUUUGGUCAACAGAUUUCUGGGAUACAAGCUGGCCGUUGUUGAUUUCGUCCAGGAUAUGCUAUCCAUUCUUGAAAAGGGCGUCCGCCCCUUCGAGAUGCAGGCCAUCUACUUUGCCCUGUACACGGUUGCGCCCUUCCUUGAUACCACUCACUACACCGUUAAGCACCUCCCUCAGCCCGCCCAAGCCACGGCUGGGACCUCUGGGUCGGGAAAGCCCCUCAAUACUUGGCCGAAAGAAAUUUACCUGCCGGAUGAAGCUGGGCUGCUCCGUUGUGUGAACAACCUCAAGACGGACCCAACCACCUCCUGGAGCAUGGGCGUGUGGAGCGAGGGACCCAAGAUCGAGGAUGUGGAGGACAAGCUUGUUUCUCUCAUCUUGACCAAAGAGAGGUGUGGUGUGACCUUCCGGAAGACAGAGGAGGGAGACUCAUUGUUUUGUCAUGGCCUGCGCAAUGUCAAGUAUUUGGCCGAGCAUCACUUCCUCUACCCCUCUCGGCCGAAGGUCCUUCCCAAAGUGCGGGAUAUUUCUGAUGAGUGUGCCAGGAAGGACUUCGACAAGAUCAUCCAGCAGCGCUAUGUGGCUUCUUUGGAACUUGUCAAGGCAGCUGAAGAGGAGAUGGUAGCAUAUGCUCGAGUUGCCAUUGUCAAUAUUCCAUCUGACAAAAUUGAGGCAUAUGAGAAGGUCCAAGCUCUGCAGGAAGCUUCUCUGUUCGAGUUCAAUUUCAAAUCCACUGAUUCAAAGAAUGCCUCGGAUUGUAUGACUAAGUUGCUGGCUUCUCGUCGAUACAACGAAUCAUUCAGCAAGCUGGUCAUCUUUAAUCAAGAUGAUCUGAUUGACGGUCUGCGUAAACAGUUGAGUAUUCUGGAAAACCGAUGCUCUACGGACAAAAUCGUCGACAUUGGUUUGAAACCCAAUAAUGAGCCAGAGGGGAAAAACCCUCCACCAGGUAGACACAACUUGCGGAAGCUAGUCGACGAUAACUUCCGCAUGGAUCUGGCGAACGAAAACCUCCAUGAGUCCAAGUUGCUGUGUGAGGAUGAUUGGGAUGUCGCUCAAGGCAGCAUCGAGCGGAUCAUGGCCAUUCUUUACUUGUAUUUGCUCCCGCCAAACCCUCCCAAUCCUCCUCCUUCUUCUUCUUCUUCUUCUGAGACUGCUAUUCUUUGUGACAAGUGUAAAACCGAGGCCAAAACCACUUCUACUUCGGAUCAGUCCAUUGCCACUUAGUUAGAUUUGGAUAUGCCCAAGCUAUCACAGCCUGGCAGGAAGAUCCCCACUGGAUGAAAAAGUGUCCCACUAUUACCGUCUGAUGCUGUCUCGCCCCGAAUCAAGGGGUUCUUUGUCAGUAGUGGGCAGCUCCCUGGCUCUCAGGUCAACCAUUCCGCGCCAACCGUGGCCAUCUUGCUCUCCCCGUCUCGCCUGUGCCCCCCCCCUCCCCUUCUGGCUGCUUGAUGCCCGGAGGGAUGCGUGGUCAAAUCCUGGGACGCAGGUCAAGCGUCUGGCUGAUACGUGAUGUCUUCGGCGGUUUACCGCGCCCCCUCCCCUCCAUCUCCCUCAGCCUAUCAAGGCUGUGCCCCAUUUCUGGGCUUGCUCACUUUUUUGCGUCCAGCUGUCGUGUUGCCUUUGUUUCGCGCCUCUUUUGUCGGCGCAUUGUUUCCCCCUUCUUUUCUUCUUCGCUUAUUCCCAUGUUUUUAUUUCCCUUUACUCUUCUGAAUGUAUCCCACCAG